CCGAUGCUCCUUCCACAGCCCCAAAGGCCAAAUUCCAUCCCCUCCAUGGCGUAAAGCUCCAUCCCAUCUGCCUCCCCUUCUUUUUCUCUCCACGCCUCUUUAUUUCCCCCACCUCCCCUAGUCUCCAUUUCCAUUUCGCCUCACGCUGCUCUCCUCCACCCAUUUGCUUCGCCGCUUCCUGGUUCUCCAGUCUCACCUCCACUGAUUGAGGCCUUGAAGGCAACGAGAAGCAUAGAAAUAGAAUCUCGCGGUUGCAGCCUUGCAGGAUCUUGGAGGGUAUUUAAUUGUGUAAUAUGAAGUCUGUCUGUGGAUAAUGUACGCCUAAAAUGCACCGCCUAUGAUUCUUGCUCAUAGCCCUGCAACAUCACCAUUGAUCAUUUGGGACCAGUAAGCUGAAUGCUCAUGGACAGAGCUGAUACUUCAGGCUUUGUCAGUGGUGGCUCACAUUGCAUGAACAUUGACGUGUAUUUUCAUCUUAUGUAUACUGUAUACUUGCUCAGUGGUGAAGGGUUAGAACUGGGGUUCUGAUGGUUUGACAGAACACUUGGUCACUGGACAGCUCUUAAAAUCUUUUUCCAUCCUAAUCCUACCUUAUUUAUAUUAACUAGGAUGGACCUUAAUAUGGCCAAUCUUUGGUUUCAUGGGAAGGAACAUAUAGCUGAUUCUUCAUUCUUUCAAGCUGAAUCCACUGCAAUGAAUUGCAGGAAUGAAGACCUAGAUGUAGCAACAGCUAAAGUUGGUUGUCUCGGCAACUCAGAAGCAGUUGAGACUUCCAGAAAAUCAUUUGAGCAGAGCAAUCAAAGUUUGUCUGUUCCUGAUGAUGACUGCAGGCUGGUCCUAGGACUUGGACCAGUGACAAAUCUGUAUUCUGCUGAUAGUCACUCACAUGAUGGGAACAAAGUUAAAUUGCCUGCAACUUUGUUUGCACAAUGUUGUACCACAAAUGAUCCUGUAUUGGUGCUGGGGAUGUCAAGAGGCAGCUCAAGAAAUUUACAAACCACAACCGUGACAGGCAGCCAGGAACAUUCACAUAAAAGAAAAAAUGGAAAAAAUGGCAUUGUCUUCCCACUUAUUGAUGAGGGAUCAACUUCAGCCAAAAGGAAAUCAGGUGAUUAUGUGCUUCCACUUCUGUUCGCUGCAAGAUCAAAUGACCUCUGUCUUAAUGGAACACCGUCAGAGACUGAUGUUCAGCAACACCUUGGAACUGGAUACGAUGCCGAUCAUGAUAGAUCUCUUAACCAGCACGAGGUUCAGCUUAGCCCUGAGCCUUCAGCAACAACUGAUUGUUCUUUUGCUGCAACUUCAGAUACAAUCGCUUGCACUAAUAAUGGGGAGCAGAGAAGGAAUCAACGCCAUCUUAAGAAGUGUAGGUUCAAUGGGUGUUCAAAGGGUGGCAGGGGUGCAUCCGGACUCUGCAUUUCCCAUGGUGGCGGUCAGCGAUGCCAAAAGCCAGGUUGCAACAAAGGUGCCGAAAGCCGAACAGCAUACUGCAAAGCUCACGGAGGAGGAAAUCGAUGUCAAGAGUUAGGCUGCACCAAAAGCGCCGAAGGGAAGACGGAGUUUUGUAUAGCUCACGGUGGUGGACGCCGGUGCGGGGUUCAGGAGUGCUUGAAAGCAGCAAGGGGGAGGUCAGGAUUGUGCAUAAAACAUGGUGGAGGGAAGAGGUGCAUGAUAGAGGGCUGCACCCGGAGUGCCGAAGGUUAUCCUGGGUUGUGCAUCUCACAUGGAGGUGGUCGCCGGUGUCAGUACCCAGACUGCUGUAAGGGGGCACAAGGGGGAACCAUGUUCUGCAAGUCCCAUGGUGGAGGCAAAAGGUGUAUAUCUGAAGGCUGCAAUAAAGGUGCCGAGGGCAGCACAUUGUUAUGUAAAGGUCAUGGCGGUGGGAAGAGAUGCCUCUUUGAGGGAGGUGCAGUCUGUCCUAAGAGUGUUCAUGGUGGAACUAGCUUCUGCGUGGUGCACGGAGGGGGCAAACGCUGUGCUGCAGAAGGGUGUACUAAGAGUGCUCGUGGUCGCACUGAUUGCUGCGUGAGGCAUGGUGGUGGCAAACGCUGCAAAUCUGAUGGAUGUGACAAGAGCGCGCAGGGGAGCACGGACUUCUGCAAGGCGCAUGGUGGUGGGAAGCGGUGUGCUUGGAGCACCGGAUGCGAGAAAUUUGCCAGGGGAAGGAGUGGCCUAUGCUCUGCACAUGCAACCUUGAUGACUUCAAAGCAAGAGCUCGAAUGCACGCAGGGCAAAAGCAUGAUCGGGCAUGGCUUCUUCAGCGGGAUCGGCUCUUCUUCCUCGAUGCUGGGCAGCAGCAUGGACCAUGCAAUCUCUUCUUCUUCCCCUGGUGGCGCCUCGUCAGAUUAUGGCGAUUCGUUGCAGGACAUGCAGAGUGGCAGGCUCAUACCGCGGCAGGUGCUGGUUCCUGGUUCUCUGAAGCCCUCUUCUUCGUUUAACCUGGAGGGCAAUGGUCAUGAGGGUGCAAGGAGCCACAGCCAGAGCUUUGGGUUCGUCGUGCCAGAGGGAAGGGUGCAUGGUGGAGGGCUGAUGUCGAUGCUCGGAGGAGCUGGAGGCAGCAGCGAUGAUCCGAAAUCCUGAAAACUGCAGAUGUUCUGUGUGCUUUGAGUCUAUUAUGAUUCGGCACCUAACAACUGUAUGGUUUAUAUCUCCACGUCAAUUUGCUGUCAAGCUUGAGCAAGGGGAAAUAUGCAGCAAUCAAUCAGGGCCAUGUGUAACACGUCCUUCCAUAAUGCUUUCAGCAUGUAGUCUUUCUGUACAGUAUAUAUUUUAUUUCAAAAAGUGAGCUUUUGUCAAUUUGUCGUCAUAUCAAGUUGAUACAACCGCACAACACAUAACAUUUCAGAGUUCAAUCACAAUUAGAUGGCCAGGAGCAUAGUUAUACUGUAGAUAUAUAUAGGAAGUCAAUGGUUCCAACUCUGUAAUAACUGGCCAGUACAUUAUGAAGCUAUUUCAGUGCUUAAUAGUUAUAUUGUUCCGGAUGAUAAUUUAUCAAGGAA